CCUGAAGAUGUGGCUCCAACACUCGGGUUUUCCAAAAUUCACCUUAGUAAGGGCUCCUUCAAGGUCACCAUCCUUGAUUUCGGGGGUGGAAAAAAAAAUCGAAACAUCUGGAGGAAUUACUAUGCGGAGUCGUAUGGCGUGAUAUUUGUCGUGGACUCCAGUGACAUUUCAAGAAUGGAAGAGACCAAGCAAGCCAUUCUCGAAGUUUUAAACAGCCCUAGGAUAACGGGAAAACCCAUGUUAGUGUUGGCAAACAAGCAAGACAGAGAAGGGGCUCUG